CCGGGAUAAUCGGCGGGAAGGCGGGGGGAAGGGGGUUGUUGCGUGCGCGGGGAGGAGUUGCGUCGUCGCGUGUCGCGUGCGGGAGGAGUGAAGGAAUUCGGCGUAUUCCCACGAAUCCCACGAGAUCGGAGUAAUUCAGUCGAGGAGGUAACCGCGCCAACCGUGGAAUAUCUUGGCGAUUGUUUUCGCACGACGCGGAUCCGCCUCGCGCGGAUAUAACAUCGUAAUGGCGACGCCGACCAACAGCAGCGGUAACCUCGUCGACGAGUUCGAGGAAUCGUUUCAGCAAUGUUUGAGUAUUUUGACUAAGGACGAGGGAUUGGGCAACAGCGGUACUGGUGCGUCUGGUGGUAUGACAGUGGAUAAAGACGAAGGUCGCGCGGAAAUGGAACAAGCCACCAUGAGGUUUAUAGACCUGGCCAGGCAGAUGGAGGCUUUCUUCCUGCAAAAGAGAUUUCUUCUGUCUGCGCUGAAGCCCGAGCUGUUGGUCAAGGAAGAAAUCAACGAGCUGAAAUUGGAGUUGGGGCGGAAGGAGGACCUGAUAAAAAGACAUAACGACAAGAUCGCCGUCUGGCAGAAUAUGUUGUCGGAUUUGCAGGGAUGGGCGCAGUCCCCUGCUCAAGGGCCAGCACCCAGUGGCUUACCCAAUGGAAAUCAAAGCGGGCAGAAUCAGCAGGCGCAGAGUGGCAGCGGUAAUGCCUCGAUGCAGCAACAACAGCAAAUACUGCAGCAUCAGCAGCAAUUGCAACAGCAAUUGCAGCAGCAGCAGCAGCAGCAGCAACAUCCACAAUUGCAGCAACAAUUGCAGCAGCAAAUGCAACAUCCAUUGCAACAGCAGGAAAGAGAAGGAAUAGAAGAAGAGUGUGAGAACGAAGCGAUUGAUUAUAUUGAUUGGGCUAAGAAGUUUGGCGAGAUUGAUUGUAGUUGGACUGAAGAGAAUGAUUGCAGAGAAAUAUUGUGGUUCUUUAAUCUUGAUUUGGGAUGUUGAUUUAUAUAUAUAUAUAUAUUUUUUUUUAUAAUUUCUAUAAUUUCGUUAAUCAGCGAUUUUCCAUAGUCCCAUUUCAAAUUGUAAAUUGAUCAAAUUGUUCGAGUAAUUUAUCUAUCUUCCUUUUUUUAUGAAAUUUUAUAUGAGAUGUUAAAUCUAUUCGUAUACUGUGCAGCCAUACUUAUAUCACGGGAAUCUGGCUUUUUUUAUACAUAUCAAUUAUAUUUUGUUAAUUACGUUAAUAUAUACACAUUAGUGUAUAUUUCAUUGUCAUAUAAUAUAUAUUAUAAUAUAUAAAUUCUUAAGGCUUUUACGGGUAUUUUCUUUAAAAGUGCUAACAGGUUUACGGGCUUUUUUUCUCCUUGUACAUUUUUAAUGAUAUGCUAACGUUUCGUGAACAGCAUCGUUCACGAAAUGUUGGCAUAACAUUAAGACUAUAUCAAGACACGGAGAAAACCCGUAAAUUUGUUAACUUUUAAAUGUAUAUAUAAUAUAUAUUAUAUACAUAUAAUGAUACAUGUUAUGCCCUAUUGCUAUUAUUCGAGUUUUUGAGAUGUGUGAUUGCUUGUGUGCGUAUGUCUGUGCGAAAGAAGACGUAUGUGUGAAGAAUCACAUUUAUACAAGAAUUAUAUAUUAAACAAAACACACACACACAAGAACACUCUCUUUCUCGUUGAAGACUGAAAUACUCAUUUUAGAAUGUUAGAUAAUAAUUUUUUCAAGCAGUAGUUUUCAAUCGCCGAGGAGACGGGACAAUCGGUCUCGCCGCGUACACAACAAUUAUAAUGUUGCGCAUAACAUCAGUGCCUUAUAUAAUUCCUAUAUAAUUCCCACAAGCAACAGAAAUGUAUUAUUAUAAAAGAAUAGAUUAAAAUGUCUUUUUAUAAUUAACUAUGAUAAAAGUAGAUAAUAAAAGUAUAAAUUUCUAUUACGAGGAGUGUCGAAGGAUAUAUAAAAGUUGUAAAACGAUGCCAAAACAGUAAAUAUAAAUGUACAAUACCUAAUGUACAUAUUAUCUAUAUACAAUAAAUAUGUACAAAUACCUAGUAAAAAAAAGAAGACGAAGAAAUGUAAUAAAUCUGUUAAUAGCAACAAUAAAACUUAGGAGUGUUCAUAAUUGAUAUACUUCAUAUUAAUAGCAAGACGCGUAGUGAUCUUUAUAUCAUUUCAUAAGAUAAUAUAAUAGAGACGUAGCGAAACGAUGAACAUACAGGAGACGCUUUCAUCUUAUUUUUUUAAAUAUUUUUUCUCAUGAGUGAUAUUUCUUCGCGUUAUAUCCUGUAUUUGUAGAAAAAGAUAUUUGUAUAUAAGAUGCUCACUGCAUGUAGAUAUUGUAUGCAUGCGCAUCAAGUAAUUAUUGUUACACAAACUGCAUUAUGAUUUUUCUGAAAGUUGAUGGCAAAAAAACUGUUACUUGUAAAAUUAAAAUAAAUGAAUAAAAUAA